AUGGCGCUGUGGCCUUUUGGCCGAAAGAGUAAGCGGCAUACCAUCCAAGUCAGUCCCGACGAGGCCGCCGCCCUCCAAACCUCCCUUGAGCAGGCCACCCCCGAGACCUUGGGCCGCAAGCUUUCUCGCCGUGCUUCCAAACGACAAAAUACGCGGACGCGUACCGGUGAUGGCUCGGAUAGUCUAAACGACUCGGCGCGCACUCGACCCAUCUCGCUUCACCACCGAAUGUCAGAACAACACGACCGCCCCAGCCCAGACCUCGUCCCACAGCGACGCCUGUCCUACACCGGAUCCAUGCUAAAGAAACAACCUCCCAAUGGGCCUAAAAAGCUCCAAAAAAGCAAACGCCGCACGGACGAGAUCCUGCGCGAGCGACAUAUUCGCAUGCUAUCAUCGACUCCAAUCGAUAUCCCGCGCCGAACCCUCGCACCCGACGGCGACUAUGUGCUAGAACAUCGCAAGAGAAAGGCAAACGGUCGCCGCGCAGACCGCUAUAUGUCGGACAUCAGUCUCUCGAUUCGUGAUUCUGCUGCCUCCUCCAUAUCCGACAUCUCCGACCCCUUCACUUAUAAGGUCAACGCCUUCGCCGCACUUACUCCCCGCCCCGUUGUUCGCUAUGUCGAGGCGCCUCGACUCGCGACGGCCAGAAGCCAGGAACCUGCCAACAAAGAAUCCGUUCGACGUGACAAGGAUAGAUUGCAGGCUUUGACAAUGUCCGAAGAGAACCUUUACUAUUCAAGACGUCGCGUGAACGAACUCGCCGAUUCAUUAGAUGCCGGAGGCCUCCGCGAAUUAUUAGACCGAGAUCGUCGACGACGAGAAAAGCAACAAAUCGACGAGCAAGAGAAGCUGAGGCGCAAGUUGCAGGAACGAGCCGAUGAACAAGCGGCGGAAGAGAGGCGACAGGCGAUCGAAGCAACCACACCCGAAGCCAUAGAACCGCAGGCCGAGCCCGAAGUCAAGAAUCCGGUUGCUGUGCAGGAUGAUACGGAGCAGAGGGAGGAGCAAAUUCAGAUCAAAAUCAAUGAGCCCACUCCGCUAUCUGCAGAGGAACCCGAGACCUGGCUACGAGAAGAGUCGAAGGGUAGUGAUGCUGCCAGGCGCGAGUCUUUGGAUAGCGCCAACGUCGUCGCAAAUAUCGACAACACCUCUGUCCGCGAGAUACCCAAGCUUUCCACACGCCCCAGCUUUGCGCCUUCGCAUGAGAUGGGCAUGUCACGAACCACCCUCUCCCCGUCCCAUUCGUCUAUCCGCCAAGGAAUCAGCAGCCCCAGUCAAUCCCAAACCUUUGGCAUCGGCUCGGCUUCUGAUCUCUCUGAACGUCGGUCAUCAGAUACUAGUGGCCGCCGCGGGAACACGAUCACUUCGUUAUUCCGACGCGGUUCCUCUCGCCUCAAGCGACGCUAUCGCGAGCGGUUCCAGGAAUCUGCUCCCGAAAUCGCGCACUCUUUGCAGCCUUCAAACGAGUCCUUCUACAAAGUUCACACUCAAUCAUCACCUCCCGCCCCCUCAGCCUUCCCGCCGAGAACUUUCAUGUCUCCCGGAACUGUAAUGCGUUCACAGUCCAAAUUCACAGAGCACUUUGACUUUGGCGACGAGCCUCUGUCACCACCGGACUCACGGCUGCAGUCUCCCGAUAUUCCCGAACAGGUCCCCGAAUCCUCGCUAGAGAACGAGGAGAGCACCUUUCUUCAUGGAACCACGCCCACUGCUGGUGUGGAUAUUAUCAACCCACGUCGACGCCGCCACCAGUCUUGGAACGACAGUAUUGACGCUGAGUCUGACAAUGUGCCCCUCUCCCAGUCUCUGGCUUCGAUUGACUCUGAGGGAUCUUGGAUGUCUGGUAGCUUCUUCCGUCGGAUGUCUCAAAAGCCCGGCAGCCCCGGCAGCCCUGUUCGGGCGAACAUGACUUCAUUUGAAGCCGCCAUGGACGGCACCGCCGAUACACAUGACGAUUCGCGGGACUCUGUUGACUCCCGUAGAACGAGUAGCCAUGUGAUGGGCGAACCGGAGCUGGAUGACGAACUUGGUGCUACCGAGGCAGGCAAGCCUUCCGAGAUGUGGCACCGCAGUGAAUUCGGUCGACGUCCCAUGAUCGUCAACCCAACUGUCCGUCCCAAGUCCACCCAAGGCAUGCUGAAGAGCAUCCCUUCCCUCUCUCCAAUCUCGGCGGAGGAGGAUUACAUUUCUGACGAAGAGACCAAUCUUCCUCCCGCUCCUCAGCGAGUGGCCAGUCAACACGGUAUAAUUAGCCAUGUUGAGCUGGAGCAGGAUUAA